ACAGGCAUCAGUGCUUCUUCCAGGUCGUUUUCACCAUUGGAUCUCGGCCUUUGAGUCGUGCUCAAGCUGCUAGGAACGUUGCAGUGAAUCGCCUGCUCUUCCACUGUUGCUUACGAAAAGCACGACCGAAAGACGUGUGAAAAGGCCGCCCUGAAGAACGCAUACCUGAUUUCUCUAUCAUGAGGGGCACCUACAUGGAUCCCGAGACCAACAUCCGAUACGACACGAAUAAUGCGGAUUUCGAAGUCAAGUCGGCGGAGCUUAAGGCUCAGAAGCGGAAUGCUCUGGAGGUCUCCACGCCCGAGACGACCUUUUUGAUGUACGCGGACACGGAGAAAGAGAAGGACGACUGGAUCGGGGCGGUGGGUCGGGCAAUCGUGCGAAGCUCCACCACCUACACGCAGGAGGUGGGGGAGGCGGGGGACGAGGAUGACGACGGGAGUGACUACGAGGAUUAA